CUCGGUUCGGCCUCGGUGCGAUGGGGUGAAAGCCCCGCCAGGCUCCUCGGCUGCAGUCCCGCCAAGGGGUUGUGCGGGGCUUGGAUGGACCCAGCAGCGAACGUCGUCCCCGAACGGUUCCCUUCUACCUGGAGCUGGCAGCAUGGAAGGGGAUCUCCCUGCUGAGAGGAGAAAGGCCAUGAAGGACUUGAGGCAGUGUGUCAGAAACCACCCCAGACUCAGACAGGCCCCUGAGAGCUCUGGGGAUGUGAGCAGAGAUGGCCUCAGUGGUCCAGCCUGGGUUCCAGUCAGGCCGUCGGGGGAUACAGGCCAGAGCAUCUCUGUCCUGGAGUCCAAGGUUAAAGCUCUGAAGGAGAGGCGGAGUGCUGCGUACAGGCAGGCGGCGGCGGCGGCAGCUCAAGAGCAAGUGUCUCCAAGGAAGGCCAAGGCCUGCAAGGGGAAGCUGCUUGUGGAACCGGCUGCUCAGGAUGCGGUGGUGGAACCACAAGCCCAGAUCCGCACCUACUUGACCGAUGUGCUGCUGGACAGCACCGACUACCCCACUCGCAGAGAGGAGGAGCCUCAGGAAGCCAUCCUUGGCAGCCCUUCCGCCUGUGAUUUCGAAGCCCUGAAAGGUUCUAGAGCAGCGGAGGAGCCGGGAGGCCUCGACUGGGCUUCCCCUGAAGAGCUCCAGGGGCUUCCGCCAAGGGACGUGCUUGACCGAAAGGGCCCCUUGGGCAGCACGGCCAAAAGGACACCCCAGAAUGGUCUUUAUGGGGCCAGCUCCUUGAAGGACCUUUCCUUCCUGCAGAGAUACUUUGAGGAAGCACAUGGUGGGGAAGAAGAACACCUGCUUCUGGCAAGGGAUUUCGAAAGCGGUUCUUUUGCCCACAAGAAGGACCCCUGUGGGGUGACAGCCACCAGGCGGCUCUGGCGGGCGGAGAGCUGGGACAGUCUCGGCAGCGGUGGGAGCAACGCCAGCAGCCUGUCCCUGGCGGAGAAGGUGGAGAGGAACCGCUCGGUGCUGCAGGAGAUACUGAGUGCAUCGCAGCUUAUUAGUCGUUCUUCACGGGAGCUGCAAGCUCUGCACUGCCACAAGAAGAAAACCGCAGGCCAUGGGCAUGAUGGGCCCAGCAACGAGAUUCUGGCAAAUGACAUAGACUGGGAUUCUGGCGUUUCCUUACAGGACUCUGAAGGCUACCGGGCCUUUGUUCCCAAGCAGGAGCUGGAGCUGAGUCCCCGGCAUGAGCAGGCCAAGCAGCUGCUGCAGAGGGCUCGCAUGAAGGCCAGGACGAACCCCCUCCGCGCCAGCCAUCACAUCCUGUCUCCUGCCCCACAGGAAAGGAGGGACGCCUGCGGGCUCUCUGCUGCAGACGCGAGGAACUUCGCCCGGAAGGAUGGAGACGCCCACACCAGUGGGAACCUGAGCGACUCGUCCAGCGGGGAGUCCAGCUGCGGGCAGCAGAGGAAGCGCGGGUCCUCCCCUUCCCGGGUGCGUUUCGAGGAUGAGUCCGCGCGGGAUGCCGAGGUGCGCUACUUGGAGCGGCUGCAGCAACGGCAGAGGCGGGUCUUGGACUCUGUUCUCUUAUCCCUGGGCCGGGGCCCGCUGGCCUCCAAGCCAGAUCUUUCAAAUUAUAUCAACGGCGACCCCCAGCACAGAGAGAACGGCAUCAGCAAAGCUGGCUGGGAGCAACCGAGUAUCGGGCGGGGAGCGGGAACCCUUGCCCCGCCGAGAAACGGUGGGUGCUCUGAGAAAGGAAAGGCCGCCGUGAUCAGCGAGGCUGGGAAGUGCAGUGCAUGUGGGGCUUACAUCAGCAACUGGGCAGCCGGCGGGAAGCCAGACACGGGAGUAGGCCAAACUGGAAAUGACGCGUACCCAGCUUGCGGCACCCUUCACGAGGGAACGGACCUGGGUCGCGCCGACGAAGACAGGGAGCUCGGCACAUCCCGGGAGGACUCGCGGACGCGGACUGCAGCUCCCAAAGUAACUCCCCUGUGGAUCCUGCCUUCUCGGCAGCGGGUCUGCACGGAACGCAUCAGAGAGACUUACAUUGGAGAAGUGACGUGCGUGGACGAGGUCGACUCUGCUUUAGACAGUGCCACCGACACGUCGGACAGCUGCAGGACCGACAGUGAAGAAGCUGGUGUUGGCAGUCGGCCGCCCGUGGUCAAGAGGCAGGGGCACGGGGGGCCUGGUCCUCCGGAGAAGGAAGCCCGGAACAAGAGGGCCGAGGGGAGCAGGCACCGGGAGCCCAGCCGCAUCAGGGCUAAUGGGGAGGAGGCCUGCGAUGGCACGCCUGGCACCCACAGUGCAGGCCACGGCAGCUCGAAGGGGGCCUGCGCGGCCUGGGGCCGGGCGGGCCACGUCGCCCCCAACACGGCAGAAGCCUUUCCCGGGCGGAGUCGGCCCUCAGAUCUCCGUCCACCGGGCGAGACGGAAGGCCAUGCCAAGGUGCCCAAAGCUCCGUUGAGGGAACCCUCAUGCACGGCCCACAUGCAGGAGGUGCCUUCUCAUCUGGCCCUGGGUGGCGGAGCGGAUUCUGUGGAGAGGCGGCGGAAGGAGGACUCGUGCCAUACCGACCGGCCGGCCAACGGCGCAAGUCCGAGGCAGCCAGCGAAGCAGGUGGCUGCCACACGCAGCCUCAUGGACCGAGUGCCCAUGCCGCCCGCCACCAGAAAAGCCCGCUCGUCCCCUGUGCCUUACAGGCGGGCUGUUCUGGCAGGCAGCUGCAAGCUGAGCCACCGGGAUCUGGGGCAGAAGGAGCCAGCCCUCGGUCCCUCGGCUCAUUCAGGCUCUCCAAGCAGCUUCCAUCCUGCGAGCGCGCCUGAGCUGGAGGAGCAGAGCGGCCCGCAGAGUCCAAAGGUGCUGUCGAAGCGGCAGCUGCUGGCCUUGUCCACCAACAAUUGCAACAACACGCAGUCCAAGUGCCACCUGCAGACUCCCGGGACGGCUGCCGUGAGGGGCCCGGAGGAGCAGCUCCGGAGCGGUCUGAAGACAGCAGGAAGUCAAGUAGGUCCAGCAUCCUCAGCACACGUCUCCCCCAGCAACGGCGCUUCCAUGGCCGCCAGCCUGCCCUCUUCCACCUCUGCUCAGUCAUCCAGCAGGGAGGCUCCAGCAACAGAGGCCCAGAAGACCACGCCAGUGCAAGCAGCCACGAUCCAGCGCAAACCCCUAGACAUUAAUCCAGAGCCAAAGAAGAAACCGCUUGCCAAAAAAGGAGCUUCCUCCUCCUCCUCCGCAUCAGGACUGAAGAAGUUCUUCACCACCCUGAGCCAGAACACGAAGCAGAGGCUGGGCAGGUUCCGGUGCUACAGCAUGGAGCAGAUCUGUGCCCCGGAGUCGGGCGCUGCAGUGCCUGCGGAGGAGCCAGGCCCGGGCCCUGCCGACUCACCCAAAAUGAAGAAGGCCCCCUCCCUGCAGUCCCUGAGGCUGGUGGCACCAUUCUGCCAACCAAGAAAAGCCUCUUCUGUGCAAAGCCUGAAUUCGCUGCUGGGCAAGGCUGAUCGGUCCAGCCUCUACCUGCUGGGGGAACCGGGGGAUGCCGAGGCUGCUUCCCACAGGAAAGCAAGAGCACAACAUCGGCGUUCCCUCAGUGUGGAGGACAUCGGCUCCCCCAACUUGGCCAGAACUGUAGGGCGUGUGGUAGAGGUUUUCCCGGACGGAACGAGCCAACUUGAGCUGCAGCGCUCCCCACAGGGCAACUUCGGAUUUCGUGUCUCUUCGGGAAAUGGCCGACCUGAUACAGGCCUCUACGUCCAGGAGAUGGCAGACGCCAGCACAGCGAAGCUCUAUGCUGGGCUCCUCCGCGUGGGGGACGAGGUCCUGGAAGUGAACGGUGCCAAGGUUGCUGGGUUGGGCCUGGCCAAGAUCAACGAGCUUCUUCUGCGGGCAGACACCCUCUCGAUGCGGGUGCUGAGGCAGCGGCCACUCCGACGGUAGCCCAGAAGUGCACUUGAGCCUUGGUGCCUGCUGGCUCUGCCCGGGACUUGGAGCCGAGCCCAGCUCUCCUUUCUGAAUCGAGGCCUUUCUGGCGUGGCGCAGGGGGUGGUGCAGCUCAGCCCUGUGGGUGAGGCUGCCAUGCAAGCCGGUGCAUGCUAAAUAUUUAAUUCACACGAGGUUCUGGCAGGCCGUCCUCUCUCCCCAGUUUAGGAGCAGGAAUUAAGCGGAGGCAUUCCUCGCACGCAUCCGAUGGAGCAACAGGGACGGUGCUGAAUGAGGUGCUGGUUACAGAGUUUCCGCCCCAGCCCAAAACAUAGCGCCAGUACUUUUCUGCCGCUUAACACUUGAAAGAUGCGGGAUCAUCUUAAACUCAUACCCUAAAUAAAGUAGGCCGGGUGGGUACAUAAAGGCCCCUAAAUGGUACUUAAGCCACAAUGCGUCCAUUGGUCCACGUCAGAUGGUCUCUUUUCUAAUGCAUCGGUUCAACUCAAGAAAAACAGUCCCGUCACUCCUUGGGAUAGUCUCCUUAGAAAGCUGCCAGGAGUUUGAAAGGCCUCUGACUCCGCUUUGGCUCAGCACCACAGCUGUAUCCCUUGUUGCGAGAAGACAUGGCCCUUCGUGGAGGUCGGCUUGCCUAGGCCAGCUCCAAAGGCCCCUCUGUGCUGAAAAGGGACGUAUCUUCCCCACUGCAUCCCAGUAUCAGUUGUCAUCCUGUUGGAGGGCCACAGAUCCCCCUGAGAGACCCCUCAGCCCUUGACAAUGUGCUAUUCCCAAUAUUCUUGACAGGAAAGAUCCUAGAAGUUGUAAAAGUACUCGGCACCUUCAGCAGAGACUCCUCGGCGCUCACGUUCUUUGCAAAACACCGCAGACGUCCAGAUCAGCUUCUGCUGCAUCUGUUCACGUGCCCAAACCCUCUUGCAGCAGGAAGAGUCGAGGCCUGCCCUGGGGAGGGGUGGCCCUGGGCCAUCAACAGCUCCUCUGCCUGGCCUCCGAAUACCUGUCCUCGUGUUCCAGGACCACCAGUCCAUGGAGUCCCAAGCUCUCCUUCCAGACUGCAGUGCCAUUCCCAGGGCUGAAGGCGCCCGCACGCAAAGGAAGCCGCGAGAAGGCUAGGCCGGCAUUUUCCUUCCCGGUGCGCCAGUUUCCUACACGUAGGCUUUCCUUUGUAACGGGGAACGUCCAGUUACGGGGCUGAUCACCUCCGUGAGAAGGAGCCCUGCACUUGUUGCCAUGGCGAAGAUGCGCCCUCUCCCCUGUCGUGCGUCCUGGAGCCAUCUUGCCCCCUCGCUACCGCAAAGACGAGGCUCACGCGUGAGCCGUGCGCCAAGAGCCGGAUGUGACAGGAGAGGCCUCUGCGCGGUCCUCUCGACCUUGCUCCACUGCGCUUCUCUGAUUAAAUUAUUUUUUUAAAACCAA